CCACACGGUGAGUGACGACAAAUGCAUAACCUCCUCCUCCUCUAUCCCAGCUUCUUGAUCGUGGCAGCCAUUUUGGUACACCCUGACGUUGUUAUUGGAGUCCUAAAUAUUGGACUCUGUAUCAUCAGCAACAGCAUCCCAUGCACAGAAAAAGAGAAAGGGUUGGGUAAAGUUUCAGAAUAGAUUGAAUAGAUAAAUACAACUGCCAAUUAACUAUUCAUGUUGUGAAGUAGACGUAUAGCUUGCUGGAAUAUAACCCUACUUGUAUGAUCUUGAAAAAGGGAAAUAUGAAUAAUUUUUGGACUUCACAUAGGAGAAAUUAAAGAAUAAUAUUAAAGGAGGCUCUUCUUAAGGCAACCUACAAUGCCCGCAUGUGCGGCUAUCAAUUGCACAAGCCGGCAAACUCGUGGAUGUGGCAAAUCUUUUCAUCGGUUUCCUCACAGACAACCAAAUCUGUUAAAGAUAUGGGUGAUGAAUAUGGGACGUGAUCACUUUUAUCCAUCCUCUAAAGCAGUGCUGUGUUCAGACCAUUUUGAAGAGUUUUGCUUCGAUAGAACAGGUCAGACUAUUCGACUGCGAUCAGAUGCUGUGCCAACCAUGUUUCAGUUUGUUGGAAGAAGCAAAAAGGAUAGGAAGUUGCACAGCUCUGAAUAUCAUGAGAAGAAGGCUGACUUUACACCUGAACAGUCACCUGAGGAGACACCAAUGCAGGAGGUCAUUGAGAAGUGCGUCACAACGGAGCAUGACUAUUGCAUCACCGAAAGCCCAAGAGCUUUGAAAAAACGGCUUGAUGAAGCCCUGACUAGUCUGCACAAUGUCAGAAGGAGACUGAGAAUAACCCAGCAGAAAUUCAAAAAGCUGAAGUUUAAGGUUCAGUCAUUAGAAUUAACUGGUGAACCUGUGCAGUGAACUUAACUAAAGCUACUUAUUUUGUCAUUUUAAUGAAUCAUUGACUUGAUACUCUUCUAGACCUGUGGCUACAUGGGCUGUAUGAAAUGCUCACUUCAAGGCUAUGUAAAUAUGUUUUAUGCUUUUUCUUCAUGUGCUACUGUGUUCCUCAUCAUGUACAUAUGUAUUUAUAUCAAUUUAAAAAAAAAAAAGUAAAAAAAAAACGUAGGACACAUACAGAAGUAUAAAUGUAACCUUUAUUUCAGAUCCUCUCUAUUUCUUAAUUUUUUUUUUAUUUGUUGAUUUUAUUUGUUUUUUGAGAUACUAAAACUGUGUUAUUGUUUUUUUACAGUAAGAAUUAUACAAUAUUUUGUGGCUUUUUUUUUCUCAUUACAAGUUAAUUUUGAAUUGACUUUAAUAACAUUGAAAAUAUAAAUAUUAAAUGACAAGUUGUACAUUUUUAAUGCAAGUAUCAUCAUUCAUCAAUUUUAGAUGUUUUAGUUUUAUAUUCUGUUGCUAUAGAGCUUGCAGAAAAAAAGUGCAAUGAUUUUUUAAAUAUACUGUGUUGCUUUCCUUAACAAUAGCAACAAAACAACUGUGUUAAUUUAAGCAAGAAGAAGCCUUGAUAGACAAUAUAUAUCAUUUAACAUAUAUUAAAAGAAACAUUUCUUCCUUUGGGCUUUAAAGUGUCAUUAAACUGCUGGACAUAACUACAAUAACAUGGUUACUACUCGUGUUAUUGUUUUUCCUCCUAGCCCUGCAGGUCUUCAAAGGCAUUCUCUGAUUUUAACUUUUUACCGUUUACAGUUGGUCAAGCUUCCAUCUUGGAGCUUAGGUAUUCUUGCACUCUAUGAUAGAAGCAAUGCAUAGAUCAGUUCCAUUGCAGGCUCUCAAAGGGACAGGAAAGUAAAAAACAUAAUUUAUGCUUACCUGAUAAAUUCAUUUCUUUCAUGGUGGUGAGAGUCCACGAUCCAUUACAUAUGGGAAUAUACAUUUCUACAACUAGGACAAGGAAAAUUUUCCUAAACCCAAAGAGCCUUAUAAACCCCUCCCACCUCACACAUACCUUAGUUUAACAUAUAGCAAAACAGUGAGGUUUAAGAAGGAGUGAGGGCCAAAAAAAGUGCAGGGAAAAAAUAUAUGCUUAAAACAUCAAAACCAAAAAAGGGUGGGGGCUGGUGUACUAUUUCCACCAUGAAAGAAAUGUAUUUAUCAGGUAAGCAUAAAUUAUGUUUUCUUUCAUAUAGGUGGCGAGAGUCCACAGUCCGUUACAUAUGGGAACUAAUACCCAAGCUGUGGAAGUUCACAAUGUAACUAUAAAGGGAGGGAUAAAAAACACCUUUUUUUCUCUGAGAAAUUAAAUCCAUAACCCAAAAGAAAUUACCGGUAUAUCUCUUAUGACAAACUCAAAAAGACAGGCACAAUCAUCAAACUGAGACAACUGCCUGAAGGACCUUUCUACCAAAGGCUGUUUCAGAGGAAGCGAAAACAUAAAAAUGCUAAAAUUUAGUAAACGUAUGCAAAGACGAACAAGUGGCCGCCUUGCAAAUUUGAUCAACUGAAGCCUCAUUCUUGAAAGCCUAAGAAGUGGCAACUGAUCUAGUCAAAUGAGCUGUAAUUCUCUGUGGUGGAGGCUGACCCACCUCCAAAUAAGGUCUGUGAAUCUAAAGUUUUAACGAAAAGGCUAAACUAAAGGUAAAUAUAGCACUCUACCUUAGUGCAGUGCAAAGCGUACUUUGCACAUUUGACACAGCUAAUACUAAUUGUAUAUUGCAGUAUACUAAUAAAAAUGUGCUCCAUAAAGUGCCAAAAUUAAAGUAAACACAAUGUCCAAACAUGUGUGUUAGAAUACACAAUACUUGUGUUGGUAAUGUCCACAGGAAUGUCCCCAAAACAUGUUACAUGGAAGUCCUUCAGGAGACCAAAAGGCUGCAAACUUCUUCCAAGACUUGAUGGCAGUGCAAGUGAAUCAAUUAAAAAAAAGGAGUAGAACAGAAUAGGGCGCCACAAUAGUGUACAAUCAGUGAUACGUGGUCUCCAAACACGCAGUACAAGUUAUACUUACAAAGUAUAAUGCACUUGACAAGUGCCACAAACGCCUUCUAGAAUUUAAAUAGCUGUCCAGGUAGCUAUCUCCUCGGGAGCACACUAGAAUAUGUCAGUCGUUGGAAAUCGCCAGUUGUGAAAGACCUUUAUCAGUGCCAGCCCAAUGUAAAUUCCAAACAAAGGCUAUGUAAGCUUGUGGGUAUAGCUAGAUAUGAUAUGAUGUGAUGUUCACACUUAAUAUACGGAACUGUGUUUUCUCCUUGCUUGAAGCAGAGUGUGUCUAAUUCAGAAACUCUUCUAGCAGAAAAGAUGGCCAAAAGAAACAACACUUUCCAUGAAAGUAGUUUAAUGUCCAAUUUAUGCAUAGGCUCAAAAGGAGGAGCCUCUAAAACCCUUAACACCAGGUUAAGAAUCCAAGGAGGAGAAAUAGACUUAGUAACAGGUUUAAUUCAGACUAUAGCCUGAGCAAAACAAUAUCAGGAUGAUUAGCAAUCUGCCUGUGAAAUAAUACAGAGAGCAGAAAUUUGUCCUUUUAGAGAACUGGCAGAUAAACGCUUAUCUAAACCAUCCUGCAAAAACUGAAAAAAUCCUAGGAAUUCUAAAACAAUGCCAGGAAAAAUUAUGGUCAAUUCACAAAUAAAUGUAAGUUUUCCUAGAAACUGGCUUACAAGUCUGAAUCCGUGUUAAUCACAGAAUCGGAGAAUCCUUUAUGACUCAAAACUAAGCGUUCAAUUUCCAUGCCAUUAAGUUUAUAGACUUUAGAUCUUGAUGAAAGAAAGGACCUUAAGACAGAAGGUCUGACCUUAGAGGAAAAAGGCCAAGGCGGGCAACUGGACAUUCUAACCAGAUCUGCAUACCAAAUCCUGUGAGGCCACGCUGGAGCAAUCAGGAUUACAAAUGACUGUUCCAAUUGUAUCUUGGAAAUUACUCUGGAAAGUAAAACCAGUGGAGGAAACAGAUAAGCAGGCUGGAAGGACCAAGGAACUACUAGAGCAUCCACCACUUUUGCCUGAGGAUCCCUGGGAAGUUUGUUGUUCAAACGAGAGGCCAUCAGAUGUAUUUCUGGUAGGCCCCAUAGAUCCACAAUCAGAACACAUCUUGAUGAAGAGACCACUCUCCUGGAUGCAGAGACUGAUGACUGAGAAAGUCUACUUCCCAAUUGUUGACUUCUGGGAUGUGAAUCGGUUAUUAGGCAAUAAUUGACUUCUGCCCAAGAGAGAAUUAGAGACACUUCCAUCAUAGCCAGGGAACUGAAUUCCCCAUUUAUGAUUGACAUAAGCUACUGCUGUAACAUUGUCUGGAAACAGAGAUAAGACUCCCUUUUCAACAGAGGCCAAGCCUGAAGGGCUUAUUGAUUGGUAACCUCGCCUUCUGAGGAUCCCAAAUCCCUUGUGCUGUUAUGGUCCCCCCCCCCCAACAGCUUCCCAACCUGAAAGACUUGCAUCUGUAGUAAUCGCAGACCAGGUAGGACGAGCAAAAUAAGCCUUGUGAAUAAUAGACUGAUGAUUCAGCCACCAAGUUAGAGACGGGUGUGUGCUGGGAUCUAAAAAUAUUGUUUGAGAUAUCUGGGUAUAAUACCUGCACCAUUGACGUAGCAUACAAAGCUGAAGAGGCCUCAUGUGAAAACAAGCAAAUGGAAUUGCAUCUGCUGCUACAAUCAUGAGGCCUAGUACUUCCAUACACAGACCCACUGAAGGGAAUGAGAGAGACUGAAGGUUCAGACAAGCUUAUAGCAAUAUUAUUUGCCCCGGUUCUGUUAGGGAAAAUCAUAGACCCUGAAUCUAUUUGGAAACCUAAAAAGGUGAGCUUUGUCUGGGGAAUCAAUGAACUCUUUGGAUUGCCUGUCCAACUAUGUCUUUGAAGAAACAAGAAUAGUUGUUUUGUGUGAAAUUCUGCUAAAGGAAAAGACUGAGCUAGUUCCAAGAUAUUGCCCAGGUAAGGAAACACUGCAAUACCCUGUGCUCUGAUUACAGAUAAAAGGGCACCCCAGACGUUGGUAAAUAUUCUUGGAGCUAUAGCUAGACCAAAUAGAAGAGCAACAAACUGAUAAUGCUUUUCUAGAAAAGCUAACCUCAGAAACUAGUGGUGUUCUGAGUAAAUUGGGAUGUGAAGGUUAACAUCCUUUAAAUCUAUUGUGGACAUAGUGACCUUGUUGAACAAAAGGCAGGAUAGUCCUGAUAGUUUCCAUUUUGAAAGAUGGUAUUCUUACAAAUUUGUUAAAAGUUUUCAGAUCCAAUCUUGGUUUGAAAGAGUUUUCCUUCUUUGGAAUAAUGAAGAGAUUUGAAUAAAAUCCCAUCCCCAGUUCCUGUAAAGGAACUGGAACAAUUCCUCCCAUAUCUUCCAGAUCUGAGACUUAUUAAAGAAAAGCUAGAGUUUUUAUGGGAUUCUUUGGACUAUGGGACAGAAAAAAAACUUCCUCUGAACCCAGGGAUCUGGGACAGAUUGAAAACAAGCCUUUUGAAAAAGGUUUAAUCUGCCCCUACCAGCAACACUGGAUUGGGGUCGUACCUUCAUGUGAUUUUGUAGGCUGGAACAGAUUUCCUGUUCUGUUUGGAUUUGUUCUGAUUUGUUCCAAUUUGUAUUGGGUACCCAGACUGAACUAGAGGAGCCGUGUUUAGCUGAGGAGUCAGCUUUCUGUUCUUAAUUCUGACGAAAGGAACGAAAAAAAUUAGGAGCUUUAAAUUUUCCUUUUGACUUCUUGUCUUGAGGAAGAAAAGCUCUGUACAGAAGACUCUGUUUCUAGAUUAAAUUUAGGUACAGGUUUGUGCUGCUCCAUUAUAGCAAAAAGCUAGGCAAUAAGUACUAUGUAAUAACCCCUUUAAGUAAGCUCUUUGAGGAAAGGAAACCCUAUACCCCCUCUAUAUAGCUUUAUAGGGACAUAAAAGCACUAACUAAGCAUGUUCAGCCUAGCUAAGCAGUAACUGUCCACAUGUAAACAAAAAACAUACAGUUUAAUUAAAUGACAAGCGCGCCAAAUAUCUGACGUGCAUAUCUGAGAGACGUGCGCUAAUUGAACAUGCGUUUACUAACGCGCGGGCGAGCGCUUAUCCAAAGUGUGUAAUAUUUUGCACUGAUGUUUGCUAAUCUAACGGAUCAAUUAACCUGUACUCUAUGAUGCUGGGAAUUAGACGCGCGCUAACCAGACGUGGGUAUGUAGAAGGGCGCGCUAACCUGACAAGUGUAUUUAAGGGUCAGGACCAAGCGCGAAAAAUAAAAUUAUUUGCACGCAAAAGCAAGGGGAAUAGUGAGUAUCUGUCCCAGGGCCAUAUAUACACAUAUACAUAUUAUCUUUUAACAUUUUUUAAAAGUGCCCAUAAACAAAACUUUCUAUAUAAAAAAAAUAUAAAACAUACCCAUAGACACUCGUCCACUAUCAAUCAUGUAGCAGACAUUCAAAUCAGUACUGAAACAUAUCAGUAGAGGUAAUGGAAUAGGAGUAUAAUGUAGAUCUGUAAAGGGAGACAGAAGACGAGUCACUGUGACUAAAUUUACAGAGGGCCUAUAAAAGAUUUCCCAUGAGGCGAAUCUAUUGUAUCACAAACUGUACCCCAAAUACAUCCCUCUGACAAGCACUGUACUUUGAAAGGAACCAGGCUUCAAUAUAGACUGAAAACCCAUUUCACUGAAGAAAUCAUGCACAAUCUUCAUUCUUUAACCACAAUGGAGGCAAAGUAAAAACUAAAGUAUGUGUGAGGUGGGACGGGUUUUAUAGGGCUCUUGGGGUUUGGGAAACUUUGCCUCUACCUAGUGGUAGGAAUGUAUAUACCAUAUUUAAUGGAUAGUGGACUCUUACCACCUAUAUGAAAGACAUUAAACUUUCAUGAUCCUGGUAGGGCAUGUGAUUUUAAAAUAAAUUUCUAAUUUACUUCUAUUAUCUAAUUUGCUUUGUUGUCUUGGUAUCCUUUGUUGAAAAACGUAACUAGGUAGGCUCAGGAGUAGCAGUGCACUACUGGGAGCUAGCUUCUGGUGGCUGCACAUAUAUGCCUGUUGGCAUUGGCUCACCUGAUGUGUUCAGCUAGAUCCCAGUAGUACGUUGUUACUCCUUCAACAAAGGAUACCAAAAGAAUUAUGCACAUUUGAUAAUAGAAGUAAAUGCAAAGUUGUUUAAAAUUGUAUUCACUAGCUGAAUCACAAAAGAAAAAUGUUGAGCUUUAUUUCCCUUUAAUGACCGCUGUACUGUGCAGUUCAGAUUAGUGUGCACAAUACACAGCAUGAGCUUAAUCCUGAUCUGGGAAUGAACACCACUACUGUCACAUAGUGCAAGAAUACCUAAGCUUCAAGACCAAUUGGCACCAGUGACCCUGCUAUUUUAUUUGUGUCCAACAAUUUCAUGUCUUUCAGAGUAAAUCUCCCUGUAAGAUGUAUCAUUAAGAAAUAUGAAACAACAUUGAAAUAUAUUUUCAUUAUUUAUUUUUCUGGAACAACUGUAUUGCCUCCAUCAUACGUAAAGAGACGUUAAACAUUAAAUAAAUGCUAGAUAGCAUUGUGUAUUCAAAGCAAAUAUGCAGAUGUCAUUUAUUUUGGUGUCCAUGAGGCAAUAGGGGCCACUAUAUUGUAACCUAGGUUUCCUUUAUCUAAUCAUCCCUGUUUGGACCAAUAAGGGACUUUUAUAAAUGUGCUAUUAGAGUAUGUAAACAGUGAUUGUAGGGAUUAUAGCAGUGCUAAAUUUGGAGUCUGCACAAAAGUUGCAAAGCACACAAUUUUCCGAAUUAAAUUACAGGAAAUGACCAAUUUUAAACUGUUAAUGUCCCCUUUAAAUAUGAUAAAACUGACCUGAGCCUGCAACAUUCUCAUGGUGAUUAGUUAGCUGAGAGCACAAGCUCAUUUACAUCUGUCCCUAAUUGGUCACAGAAAAGGAGAGCACUAACAUGGAUUCCACCAGGGCUUUCAAAAGGUGCAAAAUUAAAUUGUAAAACCUAUAGAAAUAGAGCUGUAAAAAUGACUGUGUUAAAUUAAUUUAAAACAUGUUUUGCAACACAGUACUGAAUUGCUGAUAUAUGCUUUGAGUUUAAUGUCCCUUUAAAUAAAGAUCCCAAAAUCAAAACAUUUUUUUAACCUUCCGUGUUCUAACUAUUAGCUGAAUGACUUGAUAAUAUGAUGCCUGCUUUUUAAUGCCACUGAUGUAAUUAUAAGUAUUACUUCACACUGCUUAUUCCUUUUUAUUUAAUAUUUAUUGAUGAACAUUUACAUUUUUUAUUUUAUUCGUAAGGUUUUGUUGACACCAUCUAAUUGAUACUAUUGUUGAUUAAUAAAUUACAUGUGUAUGCAAAUUGUGUCCUAGGUCAUAAUGCCCAGGUCUUCAAAUAAAACCAAAAUACAAUAGCUAAAGCUUUAGAACCGCUUUAUCAAUAUAGUGCUUAUUUGGAUUUAUCAACUGCUAUGACAACUCAUUGUUAAAGGGACAUAAUACUGAAAACAUGUCCUUUCUAAAAGGGAAUGUUCCCAAAUGCUAUAGAAAACUGGUUGGCUUUUGUUGUUGUUUUUUUGUUUUGUUGGAAAAACAGAUGUUCUUAUGCUGAAUAAACCAAACAACCAAUUGUUUCUGUGGGAUUUGUCCCUGCCACCAAUGAGGAGUAAAAUCCCAGUACUAGUUGUGCAUAUUCAUACACUUCCUGUUUGUUUUUUUUUCACCUUAAAGUAAACUGUUUUAACAACCCUUUUUAUGGAAAAAAAAUAUAUAUAUUUUAAUAUUUUUAACUGCUGCUCUUUCAUAUACAGUACAUAAGAAAAUGAAAAAGAAGUAUUAUGUCUUUUUUAAAAGGAUGUGAACGUGUUAUUUAGUAUCAGGCAUUAAAAAAUGUAAAUUAAAGAGAUAUGCAAAUCAAGAAUUUUCUUUAGUGAUUCACACAGAGGAUACAUUAUUAAAAAAAAGUUUCCAAUUUACUUAUAUUAUCAAAUUUUCUUUGUUCUCUUGGUAUUUUUUUUGAAGAGAUACCUACAUAGGUGUCUUGAGCACUACAUGGCAGGAAAAAUUAGUGCUGCCAUCUAGUGCUCUUGUAAAUGAAUUACAUUCUUGCAAAACUGCUGAUAAUCAAAGUAAAUUAUAUAAAAAAAAAAUUGCAUAGUAGCUGAAUCAUCAAAAUAAUUGAUCUAAAGCAGGGGUUUUAAAAAGCUGUCCUUAGGUCUCCCUAACUGGCUAGAUUUUCAGGAUAUCUGAACUGGAGAACAGGUGAAACAUCCAGCUAUUAACCUGCUCUCACCCAAGGUCAUUCUGAAAUGCUGGCCUUUUAGUGAGGCCUGAGGACAGGUUUGAAAACUCUUGAUCUAAAGUAUAAUGUAUGACUUCUUAUACUGCAAGGCAGCAAGUUCAUAGCUUCAGACAAAAUAGUAUCCUUUUUCCUAGCCAAUCAGUAUCUUUACAGAAAGACUAUGCACUGCUGCCAAUGAUAAUGUAGAAGAAACGCUCCAUUCUAAGAACUGAGGUAAAUGGAACGUUUCAUGCUUAAACAGUUCUAAUUGUUCUUAAAGCAUAUACAUUUGUUUGAUUUUUCUGCGUUUGUGUUCUUGAUUGUACAUCAUUUGUUUUGUUAUAUUCCAAAAAAGAAUGUGUAUUAUUGUUUUUCUCCAUUAUUGAUCUUAUAUAUCUAAAACAAUACAGUUGCAAAAUGAGCUGUAAACAA